AUUACAUUACCAGUAUUCUAUUUUGUGAAGCAUGAAUUUUAGAUCUUGGAUUGCCGGAGGGAUUCCGGGUCUGGUUCCAGUUCUGGUGUGGGAGCUGUUUCGAUUUGGAGUGUGGCAGUGGGAGUUGCAUGCAUACAUUUUGCUGGUGGGUUUGCACUCAGGCCUUAUACCAUUCCUUAUAUAUUUUUAUUUUAGAGAAACUGGUGAAAGAGCAAGCUUCCGUGAAGACAGAUCUAGACAUGGCGGUACCUCUCUUUGUUGCUCCCUGUGUCUGUCGGUGCUUUCGUUUAAUUUGUUCGAUCAAGCUCGCACACAAGAAUUUUUUACCAAUAUAUGAUCGUUAAGG